CCUGUGUAAAUAAACGAUUUCAGCUUGAAAACCUUUAAUAUCUGAUUAUUAAAGAUAAAGAAUAGCAAUUCAUUAUAGUGAGUUGGACGAAGCGCUCUUCGUUUUAUCCGUUGAACUGAAAAUCCACAAUGUACAGUUUUAUAUGAAUCUUAUCUAACUACAGAAAAAUACAGGGAAAAGUUCUAAUCACUGGAAAAAUAUAGCCAGGAAAACAUCUGAACUGCUGGCUCAAAUGUAAGAAUAUUCUAAUUUAGUCGCGUGAAAGAGUUCGUUUCGCUGCCUUUGAACGAUAUCAACGUGAAGAACAAAAUGACCUUCAUUUGAAGUCGCAACAAAGUCAUAUUUUAUAUUCAGCACACUCAAUGGCCUAGAUGAUUUUAUUUUUUUAGCGAGAGUGCUGUUAGAAGUUUAAGAAAAAUGUACAAACUAUUAUGGUACCAAAAUACAGUGCAGGUUGCUAUUUUUUUAAUAACGCAAUUACAGCGUAAGAUAGAACGUUGCGGUUUUCAGCAAUCGAAAACAGACAUCUGACGCCACCCAUGUGGAAAUUUUCAUCCCUUCCACCAUGUGAACAUGCGUGGAAAUUGUUUGCAAUAUUUCCUGAAACAUUGCUUUGCACGCACGAUCAUUAGUGUACAGACACUAGAUAUGUAUCAAUGAACUGUGAACACUAGUUAAUUUAUCACUUUUUUCGUGAAUUUGACCGUUACCACGUUAAAAAGUCGUUCACGGCAGUUUCACGUGUGAACACGAGAGAAUAUUCUAACUACGAGAAUAUUCGAAACUAGCGUGUAAAUGUAUCUGGAUACGAUAACACCGCAGAAUAAAAAAUGUCUUUCGUGAACACCAGUUAAUUUGCCGUUUUGUUAAUAACGCAAUCGAAAGAUACAGUUAUCGGUCAAAAAAUAAUUUUUCACAUAUAUGGGAGAAUUGCGAUCCAUAUGUACCGUUUAGAUAAAAAUCUUUUCGAAAAACUCAUAUCAAACUAAAAAGAAUCUAAAUAGUACAAUCGAUAAGUAGACUUUCAGAGAGACGGAGAAUAACUGUUUUGCCACUACCACUCAACAGGGAAACUCAGAAAUUAGCGGAUGUAGUAGAAAAAAGCGUGACGACACGGGCCAUUUUAGCAGAAAAGUUAGCUUUUCUCAGUCAAAACAAAAGAUGAAGUCUCGUUUUUUUCACUACAGGUAUAAUUAGGUGCUUGUGUGGUAAAAUAAUCUUUGCCUAAAACGAAGUGGAUCAGACUUUAUAGCGAAAACAAACGUUAAAGCUUGACGGGACAUUUAGUAGAAAUGUAGGGGCAAAAAUUCAAUGGUGUCCAUUGUUCUCCGAAAUGGUUUUGAAUUUUUUCCUUCUAACCAUAGAUUUUGUACCUCCUGAGCUAUCUUUUGACUAUCUUCAAGUUUGAUUUUGAUGGAAUCUCUAGGGCAAAAUAAUACUCGAAAAGCGUGACGAACUGUUUCCUACUUAAUUUUUGAAUUUUUUAUACAUCUUGAUGUGGGUUGCAAAGUUUUGAAAAAAAAACGAGGGUGGUUGUCUCUAAACUGUGACUGAUAAUAAAUAAUGACAUAUCUCAUAGUUUUUCAUUGUAGAUUAUUCACAGAAUCCUGAAUUUCAUAAAUCUUCGACAACAUUUUUAUAAGGGUUAAUGGUACAAAUCACUAUUUUUUCAAAUUUCAGCUCUUGAACACGGCUGAACCACUUUCGUUCAUGUGCGAAAAUGAAGUAAACUCAUGUCACCACUCGUGAAAAUCAGUUAUUAUUUGUUUUCUCAAUGGAAAGGAUAAGUAAUUGAUCGUUAUGACACAAAACUUUCUGAUCCUCCGCAUUAUCGAUGAGAAUAAUUUUAAAAUUUUUCGAAGGGUUCGAGGUCACUAUGUACUACAUGUCUCAAGAAAAUAAAACGGUGGUUAUGAUAAAAAAAUCUGGUCUUGAACCUGAUUAGUGUUCGUUUCUCUUCUGUUGGUCUGAUCAGUCGAAAAUACAGACUAUCUAGGUCUGGUCUUACCACUUUCGUGCUCUAACCCUGGAGCUGAUCAGAGCAGGGAAAAAAAAACAGGAAACAGACACCUAAAAGUAAAUAAGUCUUCACUCUGUAUUCCAGACGAACUCGACAUUCUCUAGGAGCCCUUUUGUACCGUUAUCAUGCGUGGAAACAAUUCUCUACGCGCGAACACGAUGCAAAUGAAUUCAAUGUUUGCGUGUUCAGUCCUAUGAAAAAUGCUUCAUAGCAUGUUGAUAAUCAAUUUCUUCCUUUUUAGUAGUGAAACAUGGAUAGUGUUCGUGCAAUAUCACCAGAACUAGAAGUGCAUUCCAAAAAUGAUAACUAAUAACAGUAUCUGUGACUGUCAGUGAUUGUGCGUGAGUAUACAGUGUGUGGCAGGAGAAGCCCUUGAUUUCGUAUCUUUGAUAUCGAAAAUCAAUGGUUUUUUCCUAUGUUCAGAACAGCAAUGGUAAGAUUUUUUGAAAUUGUUAUUGAGAAUAAUAGAAGGAACGAAAGAGACAAUUUAUUUUUAUCAUUACGUACAUUCAAUUACAGUAGGAUAUUGUAGAAAAAAUGUUGCAUUUAAUAUCAAACCAUAGCAGGACCCAAUGUUUUCCAAUACGUUUUCACUUCGAAUGUAUGCGUCACUUGAAUGUCGCAUUGGUUCCAUUCAAAAUAUUAGUGUAUAAAAAUAAUAGCGAAACUUGCACAAAUAUAAGUCGUUACAACUGGGAAAUAUUUCUAUCGAACGUUGACACGAAUGAGAAAAAAGUUCCACAAAUGUUCAUAUAUUACUUUUAGAGUUACGCAAAUUCUUAAAUACCAAACUUAGAAAUAUUUCUGAGUAUCUUUCGUCUUCUGAAGUCUUUGCAUCUACUGUCAACAGCUUAUGAUGAGGAGCUCGACAACUAUUGCAAGAAAGAAACAGUUUACCAUUUACUUCUAAAUAAGCUAAGAUUGUUUCAAUUUCUUCCGAAGAUGCAAUAAACGCCGGCUCAAUAUCAUUUCGCACAUAGGCAUCAGCGACUCUACCUCUACUUCUGUGUUUAUCAAGUCGAUAGAGAGAAUAGUCGGAAGCCCUAGGCAUCUAGCUGACCUUUUACAUAAACAUAAUCUUUUCUCAGGUCAACAAUUCGGCUUUUGUCCUAAAUCAAUCACAACUGACACCUCGGUUUACGUGACAAAUGUUAUUUACAGAUUGACAAAGAUAAAAAGCUCGUCAGGAUGGCUUUUUAUUUCUACGGUACUAAGUUCUAGACCAUUUUGUCUAGUAGGCUGUAAUAAAUUAUAUAUUAUGGACCACAAUUAGCUUAGUUGGUACCGGUACCAGAUGUUGAUCGUGGUCCGACAGAUGCACGUAAUAUAUUAGCCGUAAUAGUGGAAAAUAAAUAUGAUAAAUAUAAAUUACGUACAGAAAAUGGUGCUGCUGGUAACGUUGCUGAAUGGCGACAUUGGACCGAUAUCGACUAA